UCGGGCGCGCCGGGCUUGCUCCUGAGUCUCCUCCCGCGCGGCGAGCCAGACAUCCUCGGGCUGUACCGCUGGGCGUGUGUGCAAAAGGCGGGGCUGCGGGUAAUCGGCCUGGGGCUUGGUUACCUGCAGCGGUCCCCGCCUCGGCCUCCGCCUGGGGCGAUGCACCCGCGGGGACACCCAGUGCGGGCUGCCUAGACUGGGCCCGCCGCCGCCGCGGACUUGAUGCCCAGUUCCUAAAAUACCCAGCCAAGUGGGGUCACCAGAGCCAGAGCCUGCUGGAUCUUGUUCCUCUUCCUUUUAUUAUCUUCUUCAUAACUAUAAAUCAUGGGAGAUGAAGAUAAAACAAUUGAAUGUCAAGAUUCAGAGUCAUCCACAGGGAUAAAUCAUACAGCCUCUAUGCAUCAAGAAACACAGGAGGAGACAGUUAUGAACCUCAAAGUUACAGAUGGAAACGAACCAACGGAGGGAAGCAACCUGUUGAAUAGCAGUGAAAAAAAGCUGCAAGAAACACCAACUGAAUCAAAUGGUUUGCCACAACUGAGACAGAUACUGGCUUGCCCUCCGCAUGGUUUACUGGGCAGAAUAAUAACAAAUGUUACCAUGGUGGUUCUUCUGUGGGCUGUAGUUUGGUCAAUUACUGGCAGUGAAUGUCUUCCUGGAGGCAACUUAUUUGGAAUUAUAAUGCUAUUCUAUUGUACCAUCGUUGGAGGUAAACUCUUCAGGCUCAUUAAAUUACCAACACUGCCUCCUCUUCCUCCUCUUCUUGGCAUGCUGCUUGCUGGAUUUCUCCUCAGAAAUAUUCCAGUCAUCAGUGACAAUGUACAGAUCAAGCACAAGUGGUCCUCCUCUCUGAGAAGCAUUGCCCUGGCUAUCAUACUAGUUCGUGCUGGCCUUGGUCUGGAUUCAAAGGCCCUGAAGAAGUUGAAGGGUGUGUGCGUACGACUGUCCAUGGGUCCCUGUCUUGUGGAGGCAUGCACAUCUGCUCUUCUUGCCCACUUCCUAAUGGGUUUACCAUGGCAAUGGGGAUUUAUACUGGGUUUUGUCCUAGGAGCCGUGUCUCCAGCCGUGGUGGUGCCGUCCAUGCUCCUUUUGCAGGCAGGAGGCUAUGGUGUUGAGAAGGGGGUCCCGACCUUACUCAUGGCUGCCGGCAGCUUUGAUGACAUUCUGGCCAUCACUGGCUUCAACACGUGCUUGGGCAUGGCCUUUUCCACAGGAUCCACAGUUUUUAAUGUCCUCAGAGGUGUCUUGGAGGUGGUACUUGGUGUGGCAACUGGAUCUCUUCUUGGAUUUUUUAUUCGGUACUUUCCAAGCAAUGACCAGGGCAAGCUCGUGUGGAAGAGGACAUUCCUUGUUUUGGGGUCCUCUGUGCUAGCUGUGUUCAGCAGUGUGUACUUUGGUUUUCCUGGAUCAGGAGGACUGUGCACAUUGGUCAUGGCUUUCCUUGCAGGCAUGGGAUGGAGCAACAAAAAGGCAGAGGUUGAAAAGAUAAUUGCAGUUGCCUGGGACAUUUUUCAGCCACUUCUUUUUGGACUGAUUGGAGCAGAGGUAUCUAUUGCAUCUCUCAGAGCAGAAACUGUUGGCCUUUGUGUUGCCACCUUGGGCAUUGCAGUAUUGCUACGAAUUUUGACUACAUUUCUGAUGGUGUGUUUUGCUGGUUUUAACAUAAAGGAAAAGAUAUUCAUUUCUUUUGCAUGGCUUCCGAAGGCCACAGUCCAGGCUGCAAUAGGAUCUGUGGCUUUGGACACAGCAAGAUCACAUGGAGAGAAAGAGUUGGAAGAAUAUGGAAUGGAUGUGUUGACAGUGGCAUUUUUGGCCAUCCUCAUCACAGCCCCAAUUGGAAGUCUACUUAUUGGUUUGCUGGGUCCCAGGCUUCUCCAGAAAUUUGAACAGCAAAAUCAAGAUGAGGUUCAAGGAGAGACUUCUUUACCAGUUUAGAGAUGAAAGAAAAAUGCUAAACCCAAAGAUAAAAAGCUUCUACCAAAAGUCAAUUUCAUCAGAAUGGGUACUGAUAUAGGUAAUGUUUACAUUUAAAAUGUAAUAGAACCAAAAAUGGGAUUGUCUCUUUAAACAGUAUUUUUAGCCCUUGCCUUUGGCAUAUGGGUUGAAAUGCUCUACAUCUCCAGUCCUAAUCUCUCUAUGGCUGUCUUUUUUCCCCCAGACAUCCCUUGUCCUGUAUCUUAAUUUGUAUAAGGACAUAUCUACUUUACUAUACUACCACAAUUUAAAAUUAACAUGGUAAAGACCACGUUCAGUCCCCUCCUCAGCUACCCAAUAGCUUGCUCUAAGUUCCUGUUAACAGUGUCACAAUCCAUGUCACCCGAGCUCUCAUGCCUUGAAUUGUUUCUGGCUUCUCUUUUAUUUUUAAACACCAAAAUGCAGUCCCUUGUCAAUUUCUGCCCUUACUUUUCUGCCCCUUCCCUAUCUCUACCUUGUUUACUCACUUUCUAUGAACUAUUGUAACUGAUUGGUCCCACCAAAAAAAAAAUUUUUUUUUUUUUUUUGGUGGUGCUGGGGAUAGAACCCCUCCAAAAUUUUAAAGUACACAAAGUAUCUUCACUGAUUCUUGGUCUUACUCCAUUCAGAUGUUAAAAGAACCUAUCUAUUCCCUACCUGACUAUUCAGUCCUCAUGUCAGUGGCCCUUCUGAACCUACCUUCCCCUGUGCCAGUGCCCUGAUCCAGCCCUUAUUUGUUUCUUAUGACCCAAAUCUUUGGGCUUUUCCAAUUUUCUAGGUGAGAGCAAGCUAAUUUUCAAAUUUUUGCCAGCCUCAUAAAUGUCACAUUAAUUGGGAUAAUGUAAGUUGCCAUAAGGAGGGAAUCAAAAAAUAAAUUCUCUAAAGAAAACAAAAUUCUAUUUCCCUCUCGUGAAACCAGUGGUUUGUUGAUGCUAACAGAGGCAGUCUGCUCAUGGAGCUUCUCUGAGACUCAUGUCUUUCUUUCAUGAAGCUCUGCCAUGCUGGAGCUUAGGACCUGGGUUAAAGAUGGAUUUCUACCAUGUCUCUUUUUUUUAGCCUUCAGGAUGUAGGAAAAAAGAAAGUGCAUAUAAAGCCAUUUCUUUUUAAGAAAGUGAUAUGGAAGUCAGACACAUCUCUCCUCUUAUUUCUAUUGGUGCUGAUAUUAUCCAGCUGUGAGGAGGCUGAGAACUAUCUCUACCUAAGCAUGCAUAUCCCUAGGGGGAAGGAAAGUUCAGAUUUGGCCAGAGCCACCAUUGUGUUAGGUUUUACUCUCACUUAACAAUAUAUUCUUGCAUGUCAGGGAUUUUUGAAAGAUGGUAACUAAACUAAAAGAUUGACUUGUGUUUGGGGAAUUCCAGACAUUGUGACAUGGCAGCAGAAAAAAUGAGAGGAAAGGCUUACCUGCACAGGUCAUAUUUUAUCCCACUUAGGGACAGACUAUCUCUACUUUUAUAUAUCACCCUAAAUUCCUCUAGGAAUGCUAGAUCAUCUCUGUCCCAGCUGCUCAAAGAAUCAUGUUCAAAUAUAGUUUAGGUUUUUAUCAUGACACACACAUUAAUUAUAUGUGUGUGUGUGUGUGUGUGUGUACGUAUAUGUAUGUGUGUGUAUCUCCAAAGUGUUGGUUGCUGUUCUUCAUAUCCCAUCCUUUUUGAUCUAAACUUCAAAGUACAAUCUAAUCUUGAAGUAGAUAUUAAAUAUGUAUUAAAUGAAUGAAUUAUGAAUAUUCUGAUCCUACAAAGCUAAUCUCCAGAAUGCCUGUCUAUUCUUCUCUCCAUUAGAUUAUCAUUCCAGCCCUUUCCACCAUGGCACUUCUAUUCAAAACUAUUUUAUAUUCACUUCUUUUAAAUGGAGUUCAUUUUUAUGUCAGCCUGACUCUGGUUAGUCUUUGGUACCGUAUUCGUUGCAUGUUUCUUUUUCCUCAAUGUGAAUGGAAUUCAUUUAUACUAAAAGUCAGAUGAAUGUUUCAAACUGAACUUCAUUAAUUAGGUGCACUUUGGUGGGGCACCAUAAUUGUAAUGGUCACCUGUUCCUCUACUUUCACAGACUCUGAAAUUUCAUUCCUUCAACAGAUAACAGUUGUCUUGGACAUCAGUGGGGGUUAGUUUCAAGCUCCCCAUUAGAUAACAAAAUGUAUGGAUACUUAAGUUUCUUAUAUAAAAUAGAGUGGUGUUUAUAUACAACAGAGGCACAUCCUCUUGUAUACAUUAGAUCAUCUCUAGAUUAUACCUAAUACAAUGCCUGCGUAUAAUUGUCUCACAUGUAAUGUACUCAAUAUGCCACAAAUUCAAGUUUUGCUGUUUGGAAAUUUCUGGAAUGCUUCCCCAAUAUCUUUGAUCCCCAGUUUGCUGAACUCACAGAUAUGAAACCCACAGAUCAAGAGGGGAACUAUACUUACAGAAAGCCUUUGGUGAUUCAGACACAUCAUCAAGACUAUCCUGUUCCUCUCCUUAAGAGUUUGACAGCCCAGUAGAGGAUGCAAACAGAAGAUUGGAAAAUAGCUUAAGUACUAUUGUGCAGAAUUAUCAGGGUGCCUGGGAGCUGAUAGCAAGAGCUUCCAAUCAAUCCAGAGGUGGUGCAGUUUAGGCAAAGCUCCCCAAAUAAAGUAGGGCUAGGAUUUUGCCAGCCAAAGGGAUAUAAGGCAGCAUGGUGACACUGUGAAUUCAGUUUUCAUGUCAUCAGUAGCAUUUUCUUCCAGUAACUAUCUGAAUACUAAUUAACUUAUUCAAAAUACAAUUUGUUUAGCUAAAUCAGAAUGCUAUUAAAAGUGUUCAGGACCGGGUGUGGUGGUGUACACCUGUAAUCUCAGUGGCUCGGGAGGCUGAGGCAGGAGGAUCAUGAGUUCAAAGUCAACCUCAACAAAGAGCAAGGCACUAAGCAACUCAGUGAGACCCUGUCUCUA